UCUCAGACUCAGACGAAGAUGCUGCAGCCUCUCUGGACCUUCCUCACGGGACACUCGUCAGUCCUGCACUCACCUUUCUUCCCCGUUGUCUUCUCCUUGUCCGUCUACCUGUCCUUCUGCCUGCCCUUCCUGCUGCUGGACAUGCUGUCCUCCAGGUGGGCCCUGGUGCGCAGGUACAAGCUGCAGCCUCAGAGCUCCAUCAGCUGGGCCUCAGUGCGGAACUGCCUGGCUCUGACGCUCUACAACCACCUGGUCUUCAUCUUCCCUCUGACCGUGAUGCACUGGUACCUGAGGCCCGUCCUCCUGCCCCAGGAGGCCCCGUCCCUGCCUCGCCUGCUGGCCCAGGUCCUGGUCUGCCUGCUGCUUUUUGACUUCCAGUGCUUCAUCUGGCACCUGCUGCACCACAAAGUGCCCUGGCUCUACCGCAACUUCCACAAGGUGCACCAUACCUACACCUCCACCUCCUCCCUCACCGCAGAGUACACCGGAGCCUGGGAGACUCUCAGCCUGGGCUUCUUCGCCGCCGCCAACCCCCUCCUGCUGGGCUGCCACCCGCUCACCGAGCUGGCCUUCUUCGUGGUGAACAUCUGGCUGUCGGUGGAGGACCACUGUGGUUACGACCUGCCCUGGGCCACCCACCGUCUGGUGCCUCUGGGGCUGUAUGGCGGGGCCCGCCACCAUGACCUCCACCACCUGAAGUCCAAGUACAACUUCGCCCCCUACUUCACCCACUGGGACCGGCUGGCCGGGACGCUGUGCACACAGCAAGACUGAACUGUAGAGAGUUUCUGACUCAAGCAAAAUGAUGGAAAAUAACUCAUCCAAAGAUUUGAUUUCUGAACUGAUGAAAAGAAGUUAAUGAACUAAUCUGAAGGAUUAUAAACGGACCUACAGGGUUUUAAAUUCAUCUGGAGAUUUCUGAAAUUAUAGAAACCUGAGUGGGUCCAGAAGCUUUCUGAACUGGUCUAAAGUUCAGAGUGAACAGAUUUCUGUGGAUCAACAGCUGCUGUGCUGUUCAGAAAUCUUUACCUCAGAUUGUCUUUUAUGUUAAAAGACUGAAGUACAAAGUGUUGGACACUUUUACACUCUAUAUUCUACUACUAUUAAUUUAAUCAUGUAUUUAUUUAUUAACUCCAACAGGAGCACUGGAUUUAUGAGGAAGAAAGUCUUUUUGUCUUAAAAUCCUUCUUUUGUUUAAAACAUAUUAGUGGAGAUUGUUUUAACCAGACAGACUGAUCACUUAAGCACAAUCAAGAAAUCCACACCUGAAAAGUGGAUUUUAGGAUUCUGCAACAGCAGCAGUGAAAAAAGAGGAAUUUUUGCAGUGUUAUCUUGGGCAUUAGUUAAAAUCUGUUUGAGUGAUGUUCACGUGCAGCUAUGUUGUAUUAAGGCGACAUAAUUAUUAUUAGUAUUAUUAUCUUUAAAGUAUCAUGAAACAUGUUCAUAUUGAACACACCUGUAUAAUUGAUGUAAUAAGGCAGCUAACUAACAGAUUAGUUAUAUAAAGAUGUAGCCGGCGUCAGAUGGACAGAGGAAGUUGAAAAAGUGACAGAGGUAUUUCAGAUGGAUCAAAGAAAGUGAAGGAGAUAAACAGUGAAAAUGAGUAUGUUGGUGAUGUUACUGCUGGAGUGAAAUGUGCACAGAAAGUUUUUGGAGGUAAAUGUAACCGAACGAUGAAUUCAUUAUUCUCAGUGUAUUAUAUGUUAUAAUGUAAUCUGGGAAUAAACUUUAUUUAUUUACAAAAGCAAAA